AUGGAGAAUAGAUAUAAAUGCGUUAAUUGCGGCGCCGCAGCCAACGCUUUGUAUCGUACCUAUGGACCUUCUGUAUUGAAACUUACGAAGUGUGAUACUUGUAAAGGAUUAGUUGACAAAUACAUAGAAUAUGACUCAGUCAUAGUAAUGAUUGAUCUGGUUCUGAUGUCCAAAGCAGCACAGAGACAUAUUAUUUACAAUACAGAUUUCAAGAUAUAUUGGAAGCUGUUCAUCAUCCUCAUAAUGUUGGAGACAUACGGAGUGUGGAGGAACGACAGUCUGUUUAACAUUGUGGUCACUACAGUAUGCGAUAUAAGAAAUAAACAUACACUGAACACAACACACAUUAACCUGCCAAUAGAUUUCAGUUUACCUGAAUCAUAUCAAAACAAAUGUCUAGGUUGGGAGCUUGAAGACAGAGAUACUGUGGACCUCUUUAUAUGGGAGAAGAACUUUUAUAUACAGUUUAUGUCUACUUUCAUUGUACUUUACCAAGGACCUAAGAUAUUAACGGUUGUAGCACUUCUGAUAAGCAACUGCCUCAAAUACUUCGCGACAUUCCACGCUACAACUAUCAUACGACAAUUAUUGAAGUAA